AUGCCGUUGCAGGGUGACAGAGUCGGCGGAUACACCGGUGGCGGUAGCGGCCGGGCCACGAUGAAACUCGGAGCCGUGGUCAAGGCAGUGGCCGUGACCGUGGCCGUCGACAGGGAGACCGCGGCCCGAUCGACCAAAGACGUGAGAAAUGGUAAGGAGUUCGUUAAUGAGUUUCCCGGAUAUGGUGGACGUAGGCAUUUACAAUUACCAGAAUCUUGUAUACUAACAAGAGGUUAUACCAUAUUAUAUCAUACCUAUAUUAUAGGAAGUGUUUUCAGUGAACCUGCGUGCAAUAUAUAA